AUGGAACAGAUUUUGCCAGAAUCGGACACAGAUAGUAAUAAAAGAACUAUGUCUCCUAGUGGACAUAAACUUCGUUCAGAACCAAUAAGUGAGGCUCCGAAAAUAAAAGAAAUAUUUUGUUCAUCUCAUACGACUCUAAAAAAUAGUAAUAUUUCAAGGAGAUCCUCAAUGAAUGAAACAAAUAUUGAUAAAUGUGAUUUAAAAAAUAAUCUAGUUUUACCUGAUGUCCUUCCAGUUAAUGCCAAGCUAAGAUCUCUAUAUCAUGCGACCUCCGAACUCUGUGAUACUGAUUCACAGAUAAUUUUACCAAAGCCAUUGCCCAAAUCUCCACCUUCUUCAUCGCCAAAGAGCCUGUCAAGAAAUUGUAGUUUUACUAACAAAUUUUCUUCUAUUACAACUUCUAAUGCGAUUAUAACAUCGUCCCGAACUUUUUCACAAUCCCCUACAGCUAUUUCGUCAUCACUCUCUGCAUUUUCUACACCAUCCCCCAUUUCUGUGCCGUCUUAUUCUGAGGCUACAGUUCCUAUUUCGAGACUUUCUAUUAGUUCUGUUGAUUUAGGUACUAGUAUUAGGAGCACUGCGGCUACUUUACCUAGAAUGAAUAUAAGCGGUACUAAAAAGACAAAAACAAUUACUAUUACACCACCUAGUUAUCCCGAUAGAACGUCCCCUUCAAUAACCAAACUAGUGAGUGGAAGUUCUCCUUCAGUCAAAUGUUCUCUUUCUCCUACAUCUACAUGUAAGCCACCUGUAAAAAUAUCGAUGACGUCUACAUCCUCAACUCCGGUAAUAUCUUCGUCACCUAUUACACUUCAGUCGCCUGAAUAUUCUCCUUUAAUUUCUUCCACUCUUAAAGAAAAUUAUCCUCAAGGCUUGCAGUUAAUACAAAGAACUGAAGUUGUUGUAAGAGUCAAUGCUACGAAUGAUGCUGCUUCUCAAACUGAAAAGGAAGAGUGGUCCUCUACACCUUUAUCUGUGAGAAAAAAAUUAAAGGAAGAUAUUGAAUAUGAAAAAUUAGCCGAGGAUCUCUUUGACCAUUUGCUAUCUUGA